GAUUCUUGGUUUAUUGAUUUGUGGGUGAUGAAGGAAUAUAUUGGUGCACCUCAGGGGAGAUCGAGCUGGACUAAGAAGUAUUCUUUAAUCACCUUUACAGAUGCGGAGCUUCCAUCAGGUAUUUGGAGGAUAGAUCCAUUAUGUAUCUGGAAGAAUGAACUUGUCUGCAACGGUAAUGAAAUGUCAACUGUUAGUGAAACUGAAUGUGAAAAGAACAUUGAAGUGAAUGAAAUAUUUGGAAUCUUUGGUGGAGCUGAAUUUGUAGAGAGCGUUGAAGUUAAUGAAAUGUUUGGAUCCUUUGGCGAAACUGAAUCUGAAGAGAACGCCGAAGUGUUAAAUGUGUAUCUAUGUCUGUCAAAUCUUAGAACUAAUGAAUUGCGGAAGAUUGCUACAGGAAGGUGUAAUAAUGAAUUUUCAGUUAUUUUCAAUCACGCAGAAAGCCUUGUACCGAUUGACAGCAUCCACAUUCGAAAGUUGAACACUAUGAGGCAGAAGAUAGUGGAUGGAAACAAACAAUUUCCUCAAGAAAUCAUCAGAAACAUUCUCAAACGACUUCCAGUAAAAUCCCUAAUGCGAUUUCAAUGUGUAUGCAAACAAUGGAAAAAUCUCAUCAAGACCCCAUCUUUCAUUUCUGACCACCUCCACCACUCCACUUAUCACAACCCUUCUCUUCUUUUCCAACGGAAUGGCAGAGACAGAGAUGUUCCUCUGGACUUAUGCUUGCUUGACUGUGAGAAGCGACUCUAUGAAGUUCAGAACAUUCCUUUUGAUUCCUUGUUGAGUGUUAAGAUCAUCAGUUCCAGCAAUGGCUUGCUCUGUGUUGAACGUUCUAGUCAUCGAAUUCAUUCUCUUUUCUUGUGGAAUCCAGCGAUUAGAAAGAUCAGACAGGUGCAUAGCAAUGUUUAUGAUUUUGACGGUUGUAUCCAUGUAGGAUAUGGGUUCAGUUCAAGAGUUAAUGAUUACAAGAUAUUGAGAGUUUAUAUUCCUGAAGAAGAGGAUGAGGUUGAUCGACUUGAAGUUUAUUCAUUAAGCACGCAGAGAUGGAAGGAAAUAAAACGUGGGACCUUAAAGGGUGUAAAUCUUUAUUCCGUCACUGCUAAUGGAACAAUGUUUUGGCUUGGGUCAAAGCUGGAUACGGAGGAGGAUUUGGUAGUUUCAUUUGACAUAGCAAUGGAAUCCUUUACAUUGAUAGCGAUGCCUCCUUUAGACAAAAAUCAUAAGUAUUCUGGCCAUAAGCUUGCUGUAUAUGAGAACAAGCUUGCUGUGAUUUCUCACUUUAUAGAGGGUGUAUCUUUUACAACUGAUUCUUGGUUUAUUGAUUUGUGGGUGAUAAAGGUAUUGGUGCACGCCAGGGGAGAUCGAGUUGGACUAAGAAGCAUUCUUUAAUCACCUUUACAGACUCGGAGCAUCCAUCAGAACUUUGAAGUGGAUGAAAUGUAUGAAAUGUUUGGAAUCAGCAGUCAAACUGCAAGUGAAGAGAACACUGAAGUGAUUAGUGUUCUAACGCUGUUAAAUCUUAGAACUAAUGAAUUGAAGAAGAUUGCUACUGGCAGAUGUGGUAAUGAAUUUUCAGCUAUUUUCAAUCAUGCAGCAAGCCUUUUAACAAUUGACAGUAUCAACAUUCAAGAGGUACACCAGACCUGAUUUUGUCACAUCGCCAUGAUAUGAGAAUGUCCGUCGUCCCUCUAGCACCAUGAAGACCUCAAUGGAUGACCAAGAUCUUUUGUCCCACAAUAUUAUUUAGAUAUUUUGAAAAACCUGCUAAGAUCCCUCACAGAUUUCAGUCGUUGUGCAAAGCUUGUCGCCCUUACAAACUUGACUUCUGGUUUAAUUAGUGUGAUACAUGCUUCAGAUAUUUUGUGUUUUGAUUUGAUGGAGAUCCUUUUAUUUGUGAGGAUACCACUUGAUACAA